AUGCUGUCGGCUCCCGUUAAGUCGGCGAAGCGCAUCUCGUCUCUGUUCUCCCUGGGAUCUAAGGAUCGGGACUCCCAUUCCUCGCCUGGAUCGUCGCCGGUGUUGAAAUCAUCCGACAGCAACAGCGACAAGCGGCGCAGGAGCAACUCGAGACCUACUCGCCAUGUCUCGACCCCUAAUGCGGUGUUCUCUUCCGAACCCCGAACCAUGCCCGAUAAUCUCGAUUUGGAGAGCCUGCCUCCGCCACCUUCACUGCUGGCGGUGAAUCAAGAGUUGGCAAGCAGCGCUCCGAGUUCUCCUCUGGGUCGGCCGCAGAGUAGAGGUCGAGACAUGAGCAGACCCUCCAGCUCGGCAGGGUUGGCUAUCCCGGGAUCCAACCCAGACUCCCGCCCCAGCACCCCGUCCAAGCGCAGAAGUUGGAUGCCUGGUCGGUCGCGGGCGAACUCAAUGGAUAAGCGGCCAACACCUAUGCUCCCCGCCGCUUGGAUCGCUGGAUUGGACCAGAAGGUGGUUUAUGAUCUUUCUCCAUUGUCGAGAGGAGAACAGAUUCAAGAGUUGUGGAAUGAGCAAGGUGACACCUACGUAUACUUGUUCCCUCAGAAUACCGGCCGCUCUCCAUCUUUCAAAGUCGAUUCCACUAUAUUUGCCGAAUCCCCCUCACUGACCUACCUCGCUCGGGGCAAUGACGGUAAGAACGGGCUCGAGCAGUCAACACGAGCGUUAUCUCUCAACCCGAUCUCCCCACCCAUGACACCGCUGGACCGUUCGCCCGAGAAUGAUUUGGAUAACGAAAGCUCGGGCAGCCAACGAAUGGCUUUCGAAGAUACGCCAGAUGAAAUGCAGGAGCUCCAUCUCUACCUCCCGAUUCCCCUGAACUGUGAUGUGUCCAACCCUCAAGCACGGCUCACCCAGGAGGACACAGAGACUCUCCUUCUGUUCCGUAAUUUGUUCGCAUUUCUGCUAGGCCAGUCGUUGAUUGCCUCGCCCAAGUCAGCCACUCUCUUCUCCAUUUUCAUGGACGUGGCAGUCCUUUUGGCCCGUUUUGAGUUCUCUAACUUGGAUGCGUCCAAUUUUGGUGAGACUGCCACAUCCAGCUUCAGUAACUACUGUGAAGAAUUGCGCCUGGCAGAUGUUCGCAAAAGCCGGGAGAAGACCAUCGAGGCCAUCGUUCUGGGCGAACGACUGCGCUACUAUCCGCUAUAUGUCGAGGGCUUCGUCCAUGGUGUUGGAAAACUGGACGAGCUCAAGCAACUACGCAGCCCUAAAUAUACCUUCAUUCAUCCCAUCACGCAAAAGCGCAUGGAACGUGCGUUCAUUGAUCUUGACACUCGUCUGCGCGGUCUCUAUGGCAAGCUCGAAGAUUUCGACUUCCCCUCUGUUUUCUCCGGUGUUGCCAACUCGACCACAUCCGAGGAAAGUAAAGUGGUGCGCUUCAAGUCCUGGAAGACGGGAUUCCAUGAAUUCCGUCGCUUCACUAUCCAGUACUACCGACAGAAGUAUGGUUCGUGGCCGCCCAAGGCACGGUCCAAGAAGAACGAAUUCGAGGAGAGUGGACUCAACCGUCUGCUCCUCUUGGACCUGUACCAUGACUUCACCGAUCUCUACGACUUGAUGGUCGACCGCACCUCCCUGACAACUCGCACAAUUGAUGUCUCGGGCGCGGGCAAUGACUCGGCAGAUCCCUCCGACCCGAAGCAGAUGACGGUUCGUGCCUUGCGCCAGGUUCUCUCUGAGUACGACCGUAGUACUCCGCCUGUGCUUCCCCCCAUUCCAUUCGACAUUCCCCAAAUGCCCUCGCUACAGCCCUUGCAUCGCAAACCGCUCGAUGCCAAGAAAGAGGCCAAGCAAAGCACAAAGAAGCUCAAGAGCUCGGACAUCAAUGCCGUUUUGAUGGGAUCUUAUACCCGUGAGGCUAUGCGCCCCACUCCCUUCAUCGAGAGUUUCAUGCAGUUCGAGCGCCGUUCUGCCCACGGCAAGACUCUUAAUGACAUUCUGGACCUCCGAUGCGGCCAGUGGGUUUUCCUAUAUUCAGUUAUCCAAGCCCUUCCCAUGCUCGUGGUGGACGUCCCUGAUGUCCACUUUAACGAUGGCGUGGAGUACUUCCUCUGCAUCGCCCCACGUGGUGGUGCUCCCUGGAUCCACAACGACACGAAGACCGCCCGCAGUUGGUUUGGAGUUGCCGGUGGAGCUGGUGUCGUCAGCCUACCAUCUGACGUCGUCAUCAACGGAGUCGAAGGUGUAUACCGCCGUAGUCACUGCUGGCAAACCGCCGAGCAGUGGGCCGAGGCGGGCUCUCUCAUUGACCCUCCCAUGAUGGAGGAUGCCACAUACGACGAUGAGGAGUCCUCGAUCUCAUCACCAUACCCGGGUCAUCACUCAUCUACCGGAUCUUCCUCGGAGCACCAACACAACCCUUUGAUGGUUCCCGGUGGCCUGAAUCCACCUCCUGCCCCCAUCCCACGAGCCCGCUCACCGGCUGCGGCCCAACGUGCUGAGCAUCGUCACUCAUUCUACCCUGGCUUGGAGGCCUUGCCUCUCCCUGCUGGCAUCGCCCCCAUCGAACCUCCAACUCGUCCCAUGAGCCGAUUUAACCCGAACAUGAGUUUCGAUGAUAUCCUCAAGGAGGUCCCGAAGAAGGACAAGAAAAAGCAUUAA